GGCUAACACCACACCAACUCCCAACCUACACUAUUCUUAUCUUUUUUUACUUCCACAUUUCCUUUCAUUUCCCUAAUUCUUCGCUUCGCGUUCCUCUCUCGUCGCCGGCCGCCGACAUUUUCUUAUUCCGGUCAUCGCCCGCUCUUUUUGCCUCGAAAUCCGCCUGAUCUUUGCGACAUUCAUUGCCAAUCCGUCCCGGCCCGUUUAUAAGAUAACGCAGAAAUUCAGUUGUGGUGGCCUGUGCCUCCGUGAUCGCGGAAAGAUGGGAGUUUUCUGAUGAAUCAAUUGCAAUGGUUGAACGAAGUUAGCGCCUUCACUCUAAAUCCUGGAGGAAUAUUCUUCGUUCCAUUGACGCGGUUGAAGAAAAGGAUUCUUUCAAUUUAUUUCUUAAGAAGUCGUUUUGGUCAGAUUUGAGAUUUUUUCAUCUGGACGGGAUAUCUCUUGAAAACUGGAAGUUGAGAUGAUUUCUAGGUAACGUUUUUGAUCAAUUUAGGAAGGUAUUGGAUCCCACAUUUUUUUAGAACAAGCAAUUUGAUUGUGCAUUUGGGGUGAGAUUUUGAGGGAUACAACACUGAGAAUUGAAUGUAUGGGGGGAUAUGUGCAGAGGAGAAGGAGAGGAGAGUGAAGUUGGGAGGCAGAAAGAGAGAAGAGUAGGCGGGCAUCAGCUGCAAUGGGGAUGAAGACCGCGACCAAGUUUGGGGAUAGCCGGGUGGAGAAGCUCAAGAGCUCAGUGAUUUCGUCCCGGUCAAGAAUGAAGCUGUGGAUGAUAAGGGCGACUACAUCCGUGCUGUUGUGGACUUGCUUUGUUCAGCUGACCACUUUGGGGGAGACUUGGGGGCCGAGGGUCUUGAAGGGCUGGCCAUCCUGUUUCUCCCAGGAAUCCACUUCCGCAAUGCAUCUCAGUGUGGAUCGAGAGGUUCCUGCUAGAGUGCUCCCACCCAAGAGGCUUUAUAAGAAUAACGGGUAUCUGAUGGUUUCAUGUAAUGGAGGGCUUAAUCAAAUGAGGUCAGCGAUCUGCGAUAUGGUUGCCAUAGCAAGACAUUUGAAUGUUACUCUCAUUGUUCCUGAGCUUGAUAAGACUUCUUUCUGGGCUGAUCCAAGUGAGUUUCAAGACAUAUUUGAUGUUGAUCAUUUCAUCACAUCUUUGAGAGAUGAGGUCCGGAUAUUAAAAGAGCUACCCCCAAGGCUAAAGAGGAGAGUAGAGCUAGGAAUAAUCUAUACAAUGCCACCCAUUAGCUGGUCUGAUAUAUUAUAUUAUCAAAAUCAGAUUCUACCUUUAAUACGGAAAUACAAAGUGGUCCAUUUGAACAGAACUGAUGCUCGGCUUGCAAACAAUGGUCAGCCUUUAGAAAUCCAGAAACUGAGGUGCCGGGUAAAUUUUAGUGCCCUAAAAUUCACACAACAGAUCGAAGACUUGGGCAGAAAGGUUAUCAGCCUUUUAAGGGAAAAAGGUCCUUUCAUUGUACUGCAUCUUAGAUAUGAAAUGGACAUGUUGGCUUUCUCUGGCUGCACCCAUGGAUGCAACAAGGAGGAGGUUGAAGAGUUGACAAGAAUGAGGUAUGCUUAUCCAUGGUGGAAGGAAAAAAUCAUAAAUUCAGAUUUGAAAAGGAAAGACGGGUUAUGCCCAUUGACUCCUGAGGAAACUGCUCUUACAUUAAAGGCAUUAAACAUUGAUUCCAAUAUCCAAGUUUACAUUGCUGCGGGAGAAAUAUAUGGUGGAGAAAGAAGAAUUUCUAGUCUAAUGGCAUCUUAUCCAAACCUGGUUAGAAAGGAGACACUGUUGGAGCCUGCUGAUCUUAGAUUCUUUCAAAAUCACUCUUCCCAGAUGGCCGCACUGGAUUACCUCGUUUCAUUGGAGAGUGAUGUUUUUGUUCCCACAUAUGAUGGAAACAUGGCAAAAGUCGUAGAAGGCCAUCGCAGACAUCUUGGAUACAAGAAGACAAUUCUUUUGGACAGAAAGGUUCUGGUUGAUUUAAUAGACCGGUACGAUACUGGGUCAAUAUCAUGGUACGAGUUCUCUAAUGCUGUAAAAGAAGCUCAUUCUGGUAGGAUGGGUAGCCCAAGCCGAAGGUUGGCCAUCUCAGAUCGACCAAAAGAAGAGGACUAUUUCUAUGCCAACCCUUGGGAAUGCUUGGUUCCAUCAAACCACAAUGUACCACAAAUUAGUUCUUGAAGGCAGUAAUGGACCCCCCCCCCCCUACAUUGAUGCGCUUCAAGGACAAUACAAACUACAAGUCAUGGGUCUCUACCCCCCCUACCCCCGCCCCGCUACAUACACCGAGAAAGCAGGGUUUUGUCCAGAGGGAGUGGGAGACCGCGGAGACGUCAUUCUUGAAUGUCCUUGGAGGGAGGCCUCCCAUUGCAGGUGUAGUGUGUUUUAAACUUAAUAAACCAAAAAUUUGAUGUAUAGUAGCUGCCCUGCCAUUGCAGGGAUAUAUUGACUGAACGGCUGUGGACACAGAUGCAAAAUAUAGAUUUGUUCUUUUU